AUGGAAAAAACCAAAACAAAGCCAGGGGAGAGCGAACAUAUGCUGAUGAAUAACCCUUCCACACAAAUUUACCAGUUGCAGGCCCUGGCCUCUGAACUGAAAACUGGUUUCACAGAAGCAAUGCAAGAACUGACAAGAAUUCAACAUGGAGAAUAUGCUUUGGAAGAGAAGGUGAAGAGCUGCAAGUGCUCCAUGGAAGAAAAAGUUACUGAGAUGAAGAAUUCAUUAAACUAUUUCAAGGAAGAGUUGAGCAAUGCCAUGUCGAUGAUCCAGGCGAUCACUUCAAAACAAGAAGAAAUGCAGCAGAAAAUUGAACAGCUUCAACAGGAGAAGCGAAGAGAAUCUCGAAAAGUUAAAGCCAAGAAAACGCAAAAAGAAGAACACGGGUCACAGGCCGGGCCUGUGCCAACACAAGGCAGUCCUUUCCGCUCAAUCAAUAUCCCUGAGCCUAUUCUUCCAACUGAAGACUUCACAAACCUUUUGCCUUCUCAGGCAUAUGAAAAAGCCCAAGAGUCCAGAUCCCUUCAUGUAGGAGACAGUAACGUGAAGGGAAUGAUGGGCCCUGGACUGAACCCAACAACUCCAGAAGUGGAAGAAAACCUCAAGCCUUGCCUCUCGGCUGAUAUCCAAUCCAAGGGUCAUCUUCCCUCCGGUGUGUGGAGGCAGCCUAAGGAUAGCAAAGAAUGGGGCGAAGAAUAUGUCACAAAAGACCACCCAGAUAAACUCAAGGAAGUUGGCCAGGGCAGACACACCUCCUUGGAAAACGUUUUAUGUGAAACUUCUUUAGCUGCUAAAAGACAGACGGUGGCUCUAGAACUGCUUGAAUCAGAAAGAAAAUAUGUGAUUAAUAUCUCUCUGAUCCUGAAGAUAAAGGCAACAUUCCAAGGGUCAGAUGGGAAGAGGAAUUCCAAAGAGAGAAGCCUCUUCCCUGGCUCCUUACGGUACCUUGUUCAGCAGCACCUGGAUUUGCUUCAUGCACUGCAGGAAAGGAUCCUGAAGUGGCCCCGACAAGGAGUCCUCGGAGAUUUAUUCCUUAAAUUAACAAAUGAUGAGAAUAAUUUCUUGGAUUACUAUGUUGCCUACCUGAGGGACCUGCCUGAAUGCAUCUCUUUGGUUCAUGUUGUUGUUCUGAAGGAGGGUGAUGAAGAGAUUAAAUCUGACAUCUACACACUGUUUUUCCACAUAGUCCAGCGCAUCCCGGAAUACCUGAUACAUCUGCAGAAUGUCCUGAAGUUCACGGAGCAGGAACACCCUGACUAUUACCUACUUCUGGUGUGUGUUCAGCGCCUCCGAGUAUUCAUCUCACACUACACCCUGCUGUUUCAAUGCAAUGAGGAUUUGCUUAUUCAGAAACGGAAAAAGCUCAAGAAGUCAUCCAUGGCAAAGCUGUACAAAGGAUUGGCUUCCCAGUGUGCAAAUGCCGGGCAAGAUGCUUCCCCCACUGGAGGCCCCGAGGCUGUCCGUGACAGUGGGAUCCACUCAGAAGAGAUGCUGCAGCCCUACCCUUCUGCUCCCAGUUCUGGCCCUGCUGUCACACAUUUGCUGCCCCCAGUGAAGAAAAGCCAACCACAGCAAAGUCUGAUGGAGAGCAUGCAGCCCGGAAAGCCCAGCGACUGGGAGAUGGAGGCCAGAAAGCACGAGAGGCCAGAGAGCCUCCUGGCGCCGGCGCAGUUCUGUGCCGCCGAGCAGGACGUGAAGGCGCUCGCCGGGCCCCUGCAGGCCAUCCCGGAGAUGGACUUCGAGCCCGCCCCGGCGGAGCCUCUGGGCAACGUGGAGCGCUCCCUGCGCGCCCCAGUCGAGCUGCUGCCGGACGCCCGCGGCUUCGUGCCCACGGCUUACGAGGAGUUCGAGUACGGCGGCGAGAUCUUCGCACUGCCCGCGCCCUACGACGAGGAGCCCUUCCAGGCCCCGGCCCUCUUCGAGAACUGCUCGCCCGCCUCGUCCGAGUCCAGCCUGGAUAUCUGCUUCCUGAGGCCCGUCAGCUUCGCCAUGGAGGCCGAGCGGCCGGAGCACCCGCUGCAGCAGCUGCCCAAGAGCGCCACGUCGCCGGCGGGCAGCAGCGGCGCCUACAAGCUGGAGGCGGCGGCGCAGGCGCAGGCGCACGGCAAGGCCAAGCCGCUGAGCCGCUCGCUCAAGGAGUUCCCGCGCACGCCGCCCGCCGAGGGCGUGGCCCCGCGCCUCUACAGCACGCGCAGCAGCAGCGGCGGCCGCGCGCCGCUCAAGGCGGAGCGCGCCGCGCCCUCCCACGGCCCGGUCGCCGUCGCCGCCGCCGCUCGCGGCGCGCCCAGGACUUACUUCCCCCAACAGCGGUCCCAAAGCGAAAAGCAGACCUAUUUGGAAGUAAGGAGGGAGAUGCAUUUAGAAGACACCACCAGAUUCUGUCCAAAGGAAGAGAGAGAAAGUGAACAGACAUCCUUCAGCGAUCAAAACCCCAGGCAAGACCAGAAAGGGGGCUUUCGCAGCUCCUUCCGCAAGCUCUUUAAAAAGAAAAAUGGGAACGCAACUGGUGAAGAUUUCUGUGGUCCUUGGGGCUGGUGGUGACAUCAAAGCUUUCCCAUUUCCAGGUAAACACUAAACAGCUGCAUGUUGGAACAACCAAAGUGUGACAUGUUGGGUUUUGGAGAGAUCAGACGUAGCUAAAAGGGGAAAUGUGAGGUGAAGGUUUGAAGUUUUGACUAAUGACUUUUGACGAAAAACUGUCAUGCGGGGGACUAAUGGAGAAAAAACAGUAGUCAGAUUCAAAUCCUGUUCCUUAUUCUCACCCCCAAAACCAUCGGCUUCCCUGUCUUCUGGAUGACAGAAGAUACCGGAAGGUGUGAAAUGGUCAAACUUAUCUAUCCUCCUAAUGUUUCGGGCACAGCUGGACUACUCAGGGAUGAUUUGAACUAGAGGCAGCGAUUGCUGAGGAAAAGCCUCGAGUCUUGGGGUGGGACAUGUGGAGGCUGUUUCAGGGAGAGUUCCAGGGGGUCUCUGAAGAGGAAGAGGACUUUCAGCCCACCCAGACUUAAUCUUAUUUGAGAACAACUGAUGAGUACCCAACUGGCCUGGGGAUGAGACAUAGAAUAGUUUUUCCUUUCUUCAUUGGGAUCUAGUGGAAAAGUGCUCCCUACUGACCAGAAGUAAAAAACAUGGUGGGCAGCUAUGGCUUCAUCUGAGACAUCGAAUAUCAGGAUGAAAAGUAAAAAAAAUCUAGUCAGUCGUCAGGUUUCCAAACAUUAGGAUUUUAGUCUUUGUGUGGGUCCUACUUAUAUCCUUGAAUAAUGUAAAGAGAUAUUUGAAUUCUGCCCCAUUAAUUCAGUAACUGAUAGUUGUAAUUAACUUACAACAACGAGGACUCAUAGCACACCCAUGAUAGGAAAGAACUUCUGAGGCCAUUAUCCUUCUUUUGUGGAUGUGGAAGCAUGCCUGACUCAGCCUCUGGAUAUGGGGAGCUCAGUCAGUUGUACAGGAUCUUUGGACAGAGAACUUCAUGCCUAGCAUCACUUUCAUAAAUACAUCAGUGAGGUUUUUUUGAUAUUGAUUCCUAGUGACUGGGCUGGUUUUACUCACUCUAGCUCAGAGUUCAAGGUAGCCAAAGGGCCCCAUACUAGCUUAUCAGAGGUUAUUUCCAGAAAGCCUCCUCCCUCCAGGGACUUCUGACAUGCACAAACUGGAGAAGGUGCAGAGCUGGAAUGGAUUGCCCAACUGGCUUAACCAAGAUAAAGGAAGAAUGCACCCUCGACUGGGGACUCAAUUGGACUGAUUUGAGCUGUUGGUUAUUGAUUGGCCUUGGUCUCCUUUGUGGUGGCUGAGAUUAUGGUAUCUCCUCAAUCUGAUUACUGUACUAAUUUCUGCAUUCUACCAAUUGUAGCGCAUAUGCGUGGUUGGCUUCAAUAAAUCUUUCCUUUAAAAAUGAAAAAAGCAAAAGCAAGAGUUUGUAAUAUAACACCCAAAUUCAGUAAAGGCCCUUAUGACAUUGGUUGAAACAGUGUAUUCCAUCCAUUUUAAUCUAAGGGCCCUGGUAUUUGUGGAGUAGUUACUUGGUUGAAUUAAAAAUAGGAUUUUUAAAAACUUUUCUGAGUUUUUACCCCCCUGUUACAAUGUUGUUUCACAAUAUCUUACACUGAGACAUGUACUCAGGACUAGAAACAGUUGUCACAACUGUCCCCAUAAGGUAUUAGGAAGCUAUUCCCUUUAUGUUCCCUGCAAAUCUCUGAUACACAUGUCCUGAGUUAUGAAAUCCAGGGGAAGUAAAAAUAAUUCUAGAUUUAGGAGGCAACUGUUUUACAAAUGCAAAACAAUUUGGAUAGAUAAAAUAUUUGAAAACAAUUAAAACCAAAUCAACCUGUACUUUAUCUGUGUGCUGAGAUUUUAGGUCCAGUGGAUCAGAAUACAGGGAAAAAACUAAUGAGAGUCCCUCAAUGGAUCCUUCACCCACCAAACAAGAUUUCUUCAGAAACCGACUUGCUCUUGCAAAUGACCUUGA